AUGGAGAUGUGGCUGAACCGAUCAUCCACAGAUGGCUUCAUCCUCUUGGGCAUCUUUUCCCACAGUCUGCCUGACCUUGUCCUCUUCUCUGCAGUUACGGGGGUCUUCACAGUGGCGCUCUGCGGGAAUGGCCUCCCCAUCUUCCUCAUCUUCACAGAUCCUCGACUUCAUACACCCAUGUACUUCUUCCUCAGUCAGCUCUCUCUCAUGGACCUCAUGUUGGUCUGUGACAUUGUGCCAAAGAUGGCAGUCAACUUCCUGUCUGGCACAAAGUUCAUCUCCUUUGUGGGCUGUGGCAUACAAAUUGGCCUUUUUGUCUCUCUUGUAGGAUCUGAAGGGCUCUUGCUGGGACUCAUGGCUUAUGACCGCUAUGUGGCCAUCAGUCACCCACUUCACUAUCCCAGCCUCAUGAAUCAGAGAGUCUGUCUCCAGAUUGCUGGAAGUUCCUGGGCCUUUGGGAUACUAGAUGGUUUGAUCCAGAUGAUGGCAGCCAUGAGUUUACACUACUGUGGUUCAAGGAAUGUGGACCACUUCUUCUGUGAGGUGCUGUCCUUAUUGAAGUUGGCUUGUAUAGACACAUCUCUUUUUGAGCAUGUGCUAUUUGUUUGCUGUGUCUUCAUGCUGCUCCUUCCUUUCUCCAUCAUCGUGGCCUCCUAUUCUCGCAUUCUGAGGGCUGUACUCCAUAUGCGCUCUGCUCAGGCCAGUAGAAAGGCUCUGGCCACCUGUUCCUCCCACCUGACAGCCGUCUCCCUCUUCUAUGGGGCAGCCAUGUUCAUCUACCUGAGACCUAGGCGCUACCAGGCCCCAAGCCAUGACAAGGUGGUCUCCAUCUUCUACACAGUUCUCACCCCUAUGCUCAAUCCCCUCAUUUAUAGCUUGAGGAACCGGGAGGUGAUGGGGGCCCUGAGGAAGGGGCUGGACCGUUGCAGGAUUGGCAGCCAGCACUGA